UUCUUGAGCCUAACCCCCGAUGUCGGCAGCCUCUAUUGGCCCAUCACGACGGGUCAUUUUACUGCUGCUUUCGGCUACGCCGCUUUGCCUCUUCUCCUGUUUCCGAGGAUGCGACUGAUUGCCUGGUUCAGUUUAAUCGCCGUCGUCAGUCUUCUCGUCUGCCUGACCGGUGUUUUCGUCUACUGCGGCCUCGAGUUGGCGGAGCCUGGAAGUCUGGAGAUGGUGAAAUCACAUCUGCCUCCCAUCGUUGGUACUUUCGACCGUCUGCCCAUCUGCUUGGGUGUCAUCGUAUUCUCCUAUUGCGUUCACGCCGUCCUGCCCGGCAUCGAGGCCAGCAUGCAGACGCCGGGCCGGUUGCCGAACGUGCUGCGAUACACCUUUCUGCUAGCCGCUCUGUUGAAGUGCAUCUUGGGCCUGUUGCCAACGCUGGUGUUCGGCCCGAAUCGGGUGGAGCAGUCGGUGUUGGAGAGUUUUACCGGCCGAAUUCGUCUGCAAAUGUGUACUCGAAUUGCCAUCAGCCUGAACGUCUUCUUCAGUCUGCCUCUGGUAGUCUACGUGAUCGGCCGGCAAAUUGACAUUGCCAGUCGGUCGGAAGGUUGGCUGAGGGAUCCGGCCACGGGAAAGCCGAAAAGGGCCAUUCGACUUGUCUGGCUGUUUGCCACUCGCGGCGCCCUCCUCAGUGCCGCCAUUCUCACGGCACUGUUGGUACCCCAUUUCGCGCUGAUCAUGGCGUUCAUCGGCUCGGUGACUGGCUCUUUGCUCUGCUUCGUCCUGCCGGCCUACUUCCAUCUCGCCCUCACACAACGUACCGCAGCUGGCGUAUCGAAGAAGCGUCUUUGUGUGAAUUGGGUGAUAAUCAUAUUCGGACUGGGAGCAACACUAGUCGGAGGAGUGUUUUCGUGUAGAGAAAUCGUGCAGACAUUUUGGCUACACAUAAAAUGA